AGCAUGCUAUGGCUGUGUGCCCUUUUGGUGAACGUGACUGAAUGCUACAAGGUUAGCGUUAGCAUGAAGUCAGACAACCACCUGUCAAAUGGAAUUUACAACACACACAUGGCAUAUUUACUUGUCCGGUUCAAGAGUUGAAAUGUGGACAUACUUUUUUCUUGUUUUUAAAGCAACAGUCUAUUUAUUCUUCCGAUUAUAGCAUAGAAAUUGUAAUGAUUUUUUUUUAGAAUAUUGUGUCCGUUUGUCAUUGUAAUUUUCCCACUUCAAGAUAUUAAAAUAAACAGCCAUGGAUCAAGCAUGUACUGUAUGUGCCAGUGAUGUUGAUAGGUACGCGUCCUGCGUAAUUUCUCCAUGUAAAACGAUACAUUGUGAACAACUCGUGUUUAAAAUCAAAUUAAGUAGAUACUAAGAAUCCUUGUCAGCAGACUAGCCAGCAAAGCCUUUUCUGCUGACCUAACCACUGCCAGAAGCAGUGACCUACAUUUCAAACUUAAUUUUGUAGUAUUUGUUCCAUUACAUUAAUUUAUUCCCAACAGUCUAUUAUCUUCAUUUUGUAGUGUGUUUCUUGGCUGCAGUGCUUCCAGUGGUGUAUGGGCAUGUUAGAAGCUCAAAUCUGAUUUGUUGCCUUAACAAGCUAACCUGCCCAGGGCCUUCAGAAUCAAAUUUUUUGGCCAAUCAGACUUCUGAUUUUCCUCAAAGCCAGCUUGCAUGCCCCCAGUUCUGAUUGGUUGAUCAGAGUAAAUCUGUUCUGCAUGAUAAGUUACACGCACAAUGCCUGAGAAGAAAUCUUUGCGUGGCAGCCAUCUUUAUCACAUACACAAGAAUGGACAGGCUGUGAUAAUGGCGUGCUGCGAUACAACGAAAGAGAAAAGUAACGACACCGAAAUUGACUGGAAAGCCUACAUGAAUGAAGUGGAAGGAGUCAUUAAUGGCACCUAUGACUACACCCAGCUUAAAGGAGACACGGGCCCCUUGGUGUAUCCAGCCGGCUUUGUGUACAGCUUCACAGCUCUGUACUACAUCACCAGCUCUGGGGCCAACAUCCGCCUGGGCCAAUAUAUUUUUGCUGUUUUUUACCUCAUCACGCUACUGUUGGUCUUCAGAAUAUACUGCCGCACAAAGAAGGUUCCUCCUUGUGUGUUCUUCUUUAUGUGUUGUGCCUCCUAUCGGAUCCACUCAAUCUUUGUGCUGCGUCUGUUCAACGAUCCAGUUGCCAUGAUGCUGUUGUUUGCCGCUGUUAACCUCUUUAUUGAUGGUCACUGGUCCCUUGGCUGCGGACUUUACAGUUUAGCAGUGUCUGUGAAAAUGAACGUUCUACUCUUCGCACCGGGACUACUUUUCCUCCUCCUGUCAGAGUUUGGUCUAAUCAGGACGAUCCCAAAACUUGCUCUAUGUGCAAACAUACAGUUCUUGUUGGGUCUGCCUUUUCUCCUGGAGAAUCCUGUCGGCUACGUGAGUCGGGCUUUUGACCUGGGGCGUCAGUUUAUGUUCAAGUGGACGGUCAACUGGCGCUUCCUGCCUGAGUGGAUCUUCUUAAACCGCUAUUUCCACUUGGUCUUGUUGGCAGCUCACCUGUUGACCUUGCUGCUCUUUGCUCUCCGCCGCUGGAAGAGGUUGGGAGAAAGCCCUUUAGAACUCUUCAAGGAACCUGGCAAGAGGAAAGUCACACCUCAGAAAAACACUGCCAACCAGAUCGUUCUCAUUUUGUUUACCUCCAACUUUAUUGGCAUGUGCUUCAGUCGUUCGCUACAUUACCAGUUCUACGUGUGGUACUUCCACACGCUGCCGUACGUGCUGUGGAGUGGAGGAGUUAAAAAGAUGGAUCAUCUGCUCAGGAUCCUGAUCUUGGGUCUUAUUGAGUGGUCGUGGAAUACCUACCCCUCGACUUGCAGCAGCUCCAUAGCCCUCCACGCCUGUCACCUCUUCAUUCUCCUCUGUCUGUGGUUGGCUCCGCCCCUGCACUCAGCAGCUGAAACACGGGCAAAAUCACCCGGCAUGGAAAAAUACCAAUGAGAUGCAGUACAAGUGGAGGUGUAUUCGGGUGAAAGCUGCUGAGAGACCCCUCCUCCCCCAUCCAUUCUCUGAACACCAGCAUAGAGAGACAGGCAAUGGGGUAGACUCCGAAAGAGCCAUUAUUGGUGUUUUAGCUUUGUGCUAAAAGGUGAAGAAAGCUGACAUGGGGCGUGGUCCUCAGACAGCAACCUACAUGAUGAAACAUGCAGUUGUUACUUGCAGGUAACAAUAUGAAGAGACACGGAAAUAUGGAUUCUCAGGUUUUGUCACAUAACCUUUUAAUACCAUCUCAUCUAAUUAGUGAUAUAUAUUAUGACAUGAAACCACAUAUCACUCUUCUCAACGAGCAGCAGGUGCUGCUGUGGGGCCCUCCCCUAUCUGAAAGCACUCACAGGCGGCUCCAUCUUGUGAUAUUUUUUUUUUUUAAAAAGGAAGAAAAGAAGUGACAAAGUUAAUUUAAACAUAUUUGUUUUGUUUUUCAUGUUUUUUUUUUACUCAAUUUUUUGUCGCUCUUCUCUCCUACAGCGUCCAUUAUAAUUAAUAUUUUGUUUAUCACGGUUAAUUGCUUCCAAGUUUUUUUUAAUGGCAUCAACUGAUUAAUUUAACCUGCUGUUUGGAGACGGCGAGCUGGGUCAGCAGCACCAUGACAUGACUGUGAUGGAGUGGUUGGAUGUAAAGACAGUAACUUGGAGCAGCGAAGUGAGACUGUUCAGAUCACAAACCCCUGGGGGAGGUGCUGCUGGGGUGGAGCUUGGACAGAAAGGUUAUGAUCUUUUAUUCAUUUACUUAUAUCAUUUAGAGUAAUCCCUUCAUUACAGUUAAUUGGUUCCAGACUCGACUGUGAUAAGUGAAUUUCUACGAAGUACAAUUCCUUAUUUAUAAAUGGAAAUUUUUUACAGUUAGAGCACAGAAAACCUGUCUAUGACAUUCUAAAUAUGGGUUUUUAACAUGAUUAGAGCCCUCUAGACAUGAAAUAACACCCCUAUAGUCACCUUUACACUCAUAAUACACAAUCUAGUUGGCAAAAAAUAGACUCGCGCUUGUGUGUGUUACUAUAAAUGUGUUCCCUAGGGCAGGGGUUCCCAACCACCGGGACGGGGCCGAGGAAGCCUUUCAGGCGCAAUGAUAAAAAAAAAAAAUACACACGCAAAAAAAAUAUAUACUUUUGUAAAUAACUAAAUACAAUUUUGAGUAAAUGCAUAUCAAUUUUGGAAAUAUUGACCAUUAUUUUAUUAAAAAAAAUAAUACAGUUGGAAGUUUUUGCAUGUUUAUGUUGUUUGUUGCGCGUGUCCGACUUUGUUUGCCAGUCCUUGAACCCACCAUUGUAUGUGUGCUAACCUUCUCCCACUCUGCACAGAUUGUCAUCUAUACUGUAUUUUUAUCGGGGUUUUUUCAAUUCAUAUUUGCUCCCAAAUGCUGAUAGUCUGCGGGAAUGCAUAAAGGUAAAGUUUGAUGACGUUAUUGAGUGUGAAUGUGUAUAUUUGUUGUGUGCACAGCUUCAAGUUAAUUCAUGCUAGGACACUACCUGUUAGCACACACAUCAAGCAGCGGCGCUAUAAUCGCUCUGAAAAACAAACUCCAAGCUUAUUGUGGGUCUGUAUUCACUUUGUGCUUUUAAUUUGAUGUUCCUGUCUUAAUUUUACACAAUAAAUACUAAAUGAGAUAAAUUACAUCGCUAUACGACCCCGCCUACCCCCGUGGGAACACGAGCCGGGCCGUGGGUUGUGGACCACUGCCCUAGGGGACCUGAGGAAGGCCAGCAGGAAGUGACGUUGGGGCUUCAGAGUUGAGUUUCACCUUUGUGUGGGUAAUGGCCACAAAAGUAGUUUAUUAGGGAUUUUUAUUGUGCCUGCUGUGAGAUCAUUCAAACCUGCAAUAAAAGCCUGU